GCGCGCGCACGUUGUGGGCAGCGCGGGGACUGCCGGUCCUGGUCCUGGCGUGAGGCGGCUGCGUGAUCCCGGAGUGGGAGCGGCUGAGGUGGCACAGCUGGGAUGUCGCGCACGUUGCAACUUUGCCGGUUUCAUUCAACGUUGUUGCAGAGCCGGCAGCCACCUUGGUUGUCCCCACUUGUAUUCUUCAGGAAAAACUUGACACAAGGACCUACAAGCCCCAAGGCUCCCAGACCCCUAUGGAAGAAAGCAGUUUCCGUUACGGUGGUGGGUGUGCCCCUGCUGUUUGGGCUCCGCUACGUCAUUGCUGAAAAACGCGAAAGGAGGAAGAUGAGGCUUUUGGCAGAAGGCAUCGGACGAUUUGGCAGAUCUCUCAAAGUGGGCCUGCAGAUCUCCAUGGAUUACUGGUGGUGCACAAAUGUGGUUCUCCAAGGGGUGGAAGAGAACAGCCCUCGCUACAUGGAAGUGAUGUCGUCAUGUCACCAGCGGGCAGCUAAUGCCCUGGUGGCUGGAGCCAUCCUCAAUGGAGGCCUCUAUGUGAAGCUGGGCCAAGGACUCUGCUCCUUUAACCACCUGCUGCCCCCUGAGUACAUCUCCACCCUGCGCCAACUGGAGGACCAAGCCCUCACUCGGGGCUACAAAGAGGUGGACGAGCUGUUCCUGGAGGAUUUCCAGGUCCCAGCCCAUAAGAUGUUCAAAGAAUUUGACUAUGAGCCCGUAGCAGCAGCCAGCCUGGCCCAGGUGCACAAAGCAAAGCUGGAAGACGGCACAGAAGUGGCUGUGAAGGUGCAGUACAUUGACCUAAGGGACAGGUUUGACGGGGACAUCCACACCCUGGAGCUGCUGCUACAGAUCAUCGAGUUCAUGCAUCCCAGCUUCGGCUUCAGCUGGGUCCUCAAGGACCUGAAGGGGACCCUGGCCCAGGAGCUAGACUUUGAGAACGAGGGUCGGAACUCAGAACGCUGUGCCCAAGACCUGAAGCAUUUCCGCUACGUAGUGGUGCCCCGAGUUCACUGGGACAAGUCCAGCAAGAGGGUGCUGACUGCCGACUUCUGUAAUGGCUGCAAGGUCAGCAAUGUGGAAGAGAUCCAGAAUCAGGGGCUCAGCUUGAGUGACACAUCAUCUAAAUUGAUCCGAGUAUUUGCUGAACAAAUCUUUUAUACGGGUUUCAUCCACUCGGAUCCCCACCCUGGAAAUGUGUUGGUACGGAAAGGCUCAGAUGGGAAGGCAGAAUUGGUGUUGCUGGACCAUGGCCUCUACCAGUUCCUGAGUGAGAAGGAACGCUUGGCCCUGUGCCAGCUGUGGCGGGCCAUUAUCUUGCGGGAUGAUGCAGCCAUGAAGAAGCAUUCUGCUGAGCUUGGUGUUGAAGACUAUUUCCUGUUCUGUGAGAUUCUAAUGCAACGACCAAUUCAAAUGGGGCAGCUGUGGCAGACGGGCAUCUUGAACAGUGCAGAGAGAGCCUACAUGCAGGAAAUGGCUAAGGAACACUUUGCCCGAAUCAUGGAGGUGUUGAAGGCCUUACCCCGCCCCAUGCUGCUUGUCCUGCGAAACCUCAACACUGUGCGCUCUAUCACUGUGACCCUGAAGGCCCCUGUGAACCGCUACUUCCUCAUGGCCAAGAGUGCUGUGAGGAGUUGGAGUCGCCAGGUGGUGGGAAAGAAGACUCAAGAGAACUUCUAUAGAAGGUUUCUGAAUUGGGUCAAGGUCAUUUGGGUGAGCUUCAAGUUCGAAGCUAUCCUCAGGUUGGAGAUGUUCUCAAUGCAGCUAACUUCCAGGAUCAUCAAAUUCCUGGUUCGUCUGGGGGUCAUGCCUGAGCCUGAGAAGCUACUCAAGGAAAUGGAAAAUGGGUCUGGGUGAUCCUGUCACACCCACCCUGAGCUGCAGACUCACCUCCCCCAACAAAGAAAGGAGGGACAGACAUCAGCCACCAGGGCAGCAAGUCAAGUGGCCAAGUCAAGAUGACAGACAAGCAGCCUCUCUGUUUGCUCAAACUAAAAGGGGAGGGAGGGGUCCCUUGGGGCACAGAAUAAAGGAGUGGAUGUAAUGCUCAGGCUCUAGCUGCAGCUUCCUUGGCUAUGGGAUGGCAAUAAAGCAGAGCCUUCAGUGAUAGAAAGGCUUCUCUUACUUCAUCCCAUAGAAGCUUCUUCACAGAAAAGAAAUAAAACUCCAAUACUCUUACAAACA